AGGACAGGGUCGAAGGGGGAUCCCUGGCGGGAAGCUGAACGCCGAGAACAAGGGGUGCAGGCACUGAAACAACGGCUCUUCGCACUAACUCUUUCCUCCUGUUUAGCCGGAGCCUCUGCCGUAGAGCCCGGCAAUUCGCGGCCGCCGUCCACACAUCCCCGAGGGCCCUUCGCCUCACCUGUGCGUGCAGCGCCCCGCGCUCCUUGUCCCCCAGCCGCGAUGAGCGAGCUUAACACCAAAACAUCCCCAGCAACCAAUCAGGUGUCUGGCCCAGAAGAGAAAGGGAAAGCUGGAAGUGUCAAGAAGUCUGAGGAGGAAGAGGAGAUUGACAUUGAUCUGACGGCACCAGAAACAGAGAAGGCUGCCCUUGCCAUUCAGGGCAAGUUCCGACGAUUCCAGAAGAGGAAAAAGGAUCCCAGCUCCUGAAUGACUAGCCUAGGCCUUCACCCUGCUACCUUCUUGCCCUUUCUCUGUAGCCCUGACUCCCAUGUAUCUUGUCUCUCUAUACCUCUGGCCUCUCAUUGAGGCAAGUUCAACUUUUAAAUAUUCUUUUCUCUGACCCUCUCAAGACAUCACAGCAGUAGAGGUACAAGGGACACAGAGAAGAUGAAGAUUUCAGUUGGCAGCCUCUUGCUGGAGGGUGGAUCAGUUUUUCCUUGGCCUCAGGCUCUCUCAUUAGUAUACACUCUUGCCCUGUGGGGUUGGAGAACAAGAGAUUUUGAGGUUGCGAGGACCCCCCAACAAUGUGGGAAGGAGGAGAAAGCCUUCAGAGUAAGGUGCCCAAGGGUGGAGCAUAGGCACUGUUCUGCCAGUUGUAACAUUCUCGUACUUAAGGUAACAUUUCUUUCCCAUUCAAAUUCUUCUGCACCAACACUUCCACCCUCCCGUCCAUGAUCAAAGCCACAACAGUGACCUGAGCCACCCUUUUCCCCCAGGCGGGCCUAAAUUAAACAGCUUACCCCAUUAGUGCAUGCUGAGUAGAUUAGUUCCAAGGAAGGGAGACUGGGACUGGUAGAGACAGGGAAAGCUUUCCUUCAUCUUCCAGUCUAAGACCACAAAAGGCACAGACAAUAGAGGUCCCAGGAGCCAUGGGCAGAGGAAUGAAGAGUAGGGUAGAUCAAGGGAGAAAAUAAAAGUGAAGAAGGGGAAAUCUCUGAAGACACAAGUUAUUGCCAGUAAAAGUGUACUACAUGAAGGAUUCUUGGGGCUUUGCUAACCUGCCUACCUCUAACCCCCCAACUCUAGCCAUUCUCAGAAGCCACAAGAGCUAUGUGAUCCCUAUACUUCCCACCUGCCCCACUGUGGAGUCAGGGCAGAAAUGAAAUAGCCACUCCAUGUGAUUUUAGCAUGUUUAAUAAUUGUAACAACAACAAUAAUAAUAAAAAGGCCUCAAGUGGGGCCAUUUAAC